AUGGCCCGGAAGCGCAACAAUCGCCGUGGCGACGACUCGGACGACGAGCCGGCGCCCGCCAAGGUCGUGGAAGAGACGCCCAAGGCCGGCAAGGGGAAGAAGGAGCCCAAGGGCAAGAAGGGCGGGAAGCGCCGGGGCGACGACUCGGACGACGAACCCGCGCCCAAGGUCGAAGAGGUCGACCCGUACGCCCAGGUGGCGGCGAGCAUGGCCUCCAAGAAGAAGGACAAGAAGAAGGGCAAGAAGCAGGCUUCCUUUGCAGAUGAUGAGGACGACGAGGAAGAGAAGAUCGUCGUCGAAGACGUCGAGGAGGACGAGGAAGACCCGUACCUUCAGGUCGCGGCGAGCAUGAAGUCCAAGAAGAAGGACAAGAAGAAGGGCAAGAAGCAGGCGUCGUUUGAGGACGAUGAUGACGACGAGGAAGAGAAGAUUGCCGUCGUGGAAGACAUCGAGGAAGACGAGGAAGACCCAUACCUCCAAGCCGCGGCGAGCAUCAAGUCCAAGAAGAAGGACAAGAAGAAGGGCAAGAAGCAAGCGUUUGUCGAGGAGGAGGUCGAGGAAGAAGAGGUCGAGGCUGAGGAAGACGAGGUCUCGGUCGUCGCGGCCGAAGACGAGGCGGAAGACGAGGAAGAUCCGUACGCUGCGGCUGCCGCGAGCAUCGCGGCCAAGAAAAGCAGCAAGAAGAAGGACAAGAAGAAGGCGGCCAUGAUGGAAGAGCUCGCCAAGGCCGAAGCCGCCAAGGAGCAAGAGGAGGUCGCGGCCAAGAAGAAGGACAAGAAGAAGGACAAGAAGAAGGCCGCGCUCAUCGCCGAGCUCGAAAAGACGGAGGAAGCCAACGCGGCCCACGACGAGGACAACGACAGCGAGGACAAGCCCAAGAAGGAAAAGAAGGAAAAGAAGGAGAAGAAGGACAAGAAGCUCAGCAACAAGGAGCGCCGCAAGCUCAAGGAAGAAGCCGAGGCCGUCGAGCGCGAGACCGAGUACCACCGCGCGGCCAACCCGCUCGACGGGCAGCAGUUUUCCGUGUCGCAGCAAGCGAUCACCGAAGACGCCAACUGGGAGAACGCGACCGACAUCCACAUUGACAACUUUACCAUCAACGCGCACAACAAGCUCCUCUUUGACAACGCGUCGCUGCACAUCAACCAUGGCGGCAAGUACGGUCUUGUCGGUCCCAACGGUCAGGCUCGCAUUCCGCCCAAGAUCGACUGCUUGUACGUCGAGCAAGAAGUCGUCGCCGAUGAAACGCGCGCUGUCGAUGCCGUUCUCAAGGCCGAUGCCGAGCGCUGGGCGCUUCUCGAAGAAGAAAAGAGCCUCUUGAAGAAGCUUGCAGAAGGCGAAAGCGAGCAGGCCGACCAGCGGUUGAACGAAGUGUACGAGCUCCUUGCGGGCAUGAACGCCGCGGCUGCCGAAGCCCGCGCGCGUCGCAUUCUCUUUGGUCUCGGCUUUGACUCGAUGAUGCAGGAGAAGUCGACCAAGGACUUCUCCGGUGGUUGGCGCAUGCGUAUCUCGCUUGCCAAGGCGCUGUACGUGGAACCGACGUUGCUCAUGCUUGAUGAACCGACGAACCACUUGGACCUCAACGCCGUCAUUUGGCUUGACGACUACCUCCAAAAGUGGAAGAAGACGCUGCUGAUUGUGUCGCACGACGCCGACUUUCUCAACUCGGUCUGCGGUGAAAUCCUCCACCUCGACCAGAAGAAGCUCACGCCGUACCGCGGCAACUACGACAUGUUCCGCGAGAUGGAGGUCCAGAAGCGCAAGCAGGCCGAGAAGGCGUGGGAGAAGCAGCAGAAGCAGCUUCGCAACCUCAAGGCUUCGGGUACUUCGUCCAAGAAGGCGACGGAUAUUGUCAAGAAGCAGCGCGAGCCUGGUGCCCGUGCUGCCAAGAAGCAAGCCAAGUCGACCGUCGACUCGGCGCAGGAUGGCGGUAACACGCUGACGCUUCUCGAGCGCCCGCGCGAGUACACGGUCAAGUUUUCGUUCAAGGAGAUCACGCAGCUGUCGCCGCCUAUCCUCGAAGUGCGCGAAGUGAGCUGGAAGUACGGCAACGCCCCGUACUUGUUCAAGAACGUUGACUUUGGUAUCGACACGGACUCGCGCGUCUGUAUUGUCGGCCCCAACGGUGUCGGCAAGUCGACCCUGCUCAAGAUCAUCACGGGCGACCUGAACCCUGAGGAAGGCGAGGUCCGUCGCAACGGCCGCCUUCGUAUGGGUGUGUACAACCAGCACUUUGUCGACAAGCUGCCCAUGGGUGAGACGCCGGUCGAGUACCUCCGCCGCCUCUUCCAGGACAUUACGUACCAGGACGCGCGCAACUUGCUCGGCAAGGUCGGCUUGGAAGGCCACGCGCACGAGAUUAAGAACCGUCUCCUUUCCGGCGGUCAGAAGGCGCGUGUUGUUCUCGCCGAACUCAUCUUGCUCAACCCGCACGUGCUCGUGCUCGACGAACCGACCAACAACUUGGAUAUCGAGUCGAUCGACGCCUUGUGCGAAGCGCUCAACCACUACGACGGCGGUGUCGUUGUCGUCACGCACGACGCGCGUCUCAUUGAGGCCAUUCGGUGUACGCUCUGGGUCGUGGACGACAUGGACUGCGUCGCGUACCCGGGCACGUUCCAUGAGUACAAGAACAGCAUUCUCGAGGACAUCAUGAAGAAGGCCGAGAAGGAAGAGGAGCGCAUCCACGACAACCAGUCCAAGAAGGCCGAGAAGCGCGCGCUCCAGUUUGCCAAGAAGGCCUAA